UAUUUCUCUCAUAUGUUAUUGCUGUUCUGUAAUUAAAUUUUGAUGACUGCUUUGCCUCUUCCUUUGUUUGAAGGUUAUCCUUUAAAAACAAAAUGUGGUUAAGUCGGAGAAAAUUUCAUAUAAUAUUGAAGAAGAAAGGAAACCCAACUCAUUAAGCAAAGAUCGAUCGGAUCUUCUUCUUCUUCUUCUCUUUGUCUCUCGCUAAAGAAGAACAGUAUUAUAGAAGAUGGGAUUUUUCUCUCACAUGAUCUCCAGAGAUGAUCUGAAACCAGGAGAUCACAUCUAUUCUUGGCGUAACGCUUACAUCUACUCUCAUCACGGAAUCUAUAUAGGCGAUGGUAAAGUCAUCCAUUUCACUCGUGGAGGUGGUCUUGAAAUCGGAACCGGAACAGUUUUGGACAAGUUCAUCGAUAUUUCGAUACAGAAUCAUGGAAGAAGAAGAAAAGACAACAAGUGUCUUCUUGAUUGUGGAGACCAAUCGGAUCUCGGUGGUGUGAUCUCUUCUUGUCUUGAUUGUUUUCUCGCCGGAGGUAAUCUCCAUCUCUUCGAAUACAGUGCAUCUCCGUCUGUCUUUCUAGCCAAACGAGGUGGUACUUGCACGAUAGCAUCUUCGGAUCCUUGUGAUGAAGUCAUUUCACGUGCGGAGUUUCUCCUUUUAAAAAAUGGGUUUGGUGAGUACGAUCUUUUAGACAACAACUGUGAAGAUUUUGCUAUCUAUUGCAAAACUGGUUUGUUUGUUUUAUCCAUGGCCACAAAGUUUGGAAGUAGUGGUCAGGCCAACUCUGUGUCUGCAGCUGGUGGUGUUGUUUCUUUGACGCUUAAGGUUUUAGGGGUGAAAAAGAAGAUUAGUGCUGGUCAUGAAGAUGAUUCUAUGGUUUCUGUUGUUAACAAGGUCAUUUCUUCGACGGUUAAAUAUGUAGUUCCUGGUGUUGGUGGUAUGGCUUUGGCGGAAUAUGGUCACUACUGUUUUGGCCGUCUGUUUUACGACAUUGGUGUUAGAAAAGAUGCUUGUAAGGUUUCUGUGGAAGAUCUCGUUGCUUUUGUAGGUGCUAAGCAAGGCAUACAAAACAAGUGUCUCUCUAGUUAGCACUUUGUUGUUUGCAUUUAUGUAUGUUUGAUAAAUUGAUACGACUAAUUGUUAAAGAGUAUGGAGAGAGUGAUUUUGCUUUGUAUUUUGUGGAAACUGUAUUUUAACUAUUUGUAAAAUAGCAUUAUUAUUUCCAAUAAACUUGUGAGGUUUUAACUUCUUAAGACA